GAAAGAGAGAGAGAGAGAGAGAGAGAGAGAGAGAGAGAGAGAGAGAGAGAGAGAGAGAGUUCUGUAUUUUGAGGAAACGUUUUGUCCGUGCUUUGGUGACAUUCAGAGCAUUUCAGAAACAAACCUCAUACCGUUUUGCCUUUCUAUUAAAAAAAACAUCCAGAAAUGAAGCGUUCCCAGUUCAGGAACUCCAGUCCACACAGGGACAUCCAGUCCCCUGAGACUCAAUUGAGACUGGUGCUGCUGGGAAGAUCAGGUUCAGGUAAAAGUGCCACUAGAAACACCAUCUUGGAUAAAAAAUGUUUUCCAUCUAAACUGAGCAUGAGCUCAGUGACAAAUCAAUGCCAAAAGGAAUGUGGAGUAGUUGAUGGGCGGAGCCUGGCAGUGAUUGACACUCCUGGCUGGUUUGACACCGACCUCCAGCAAGAUAAAAUAACAGAUGAAGUGUUGAGAUGUCUGGUCAUGUGUUCACCUGGACCACAUGCGUUUCUGCUCAUCAUACCAAUCGCCCGCUUCACAGAGGAGCAGCAGAAGACUGUAGAUAUGAUUGAGAAGUUUUUCGAGGGGAACUUCAGUGACCACACCAUCAUCAUAUUUACACGUGCAGACGAGCUGGAAGGAGAGACGAUUGAGCACUUCAUGAGAGGACAGGAUCAGAGAAUCCAGGAUCUUAUUGCACGAUACAAAGGGCAUUUCUUAGCCUUCAAUAACAAAAACCCAAAAGACCGGGACCAAGUGAGACAGCUCCUGAAGAAGCUGGAUGAUUUGCUGGAACAGAACGAGAAUUGUCACUUCACCAUCCAGAUAACAAAGACUUUCCGAACAGAAACCUCACACUGUUUGCCUUUCUAUACAAAACAGCAUCCAGAAAUGAAGCGUUCCCAGUUCAGGAACUCCAGUCCACACAGAGACAUCCAGUCCCCAGUGACUCAGCUGAGACUGGUGCUGCUGGGCAGAACAGGUUCAGGUAAAAGUGCCACUGGAAACACCAUCUUGGAUAAAGAAUGUUUCCAAUCUGAAGUAAGUAUGAGUUCAGUGACAAAUCAAUGCCAGAAGGAAUGUGGAGUAGUUAAUGGGCAGAGCCUGGCAGUGAUUGACACUCCUGGCUGUUUUGACACCGACCUCCAGCAAAAUGAAGUAACAGACGAAGUGCUGAGAUGUCUGUUCAUGUGUUCACCUGGACCACAUGCAUUUCUGCUCAUCAUACCGAUCACCCGCUUCACAGAGGAGCAGCAGAAGACUGUAGAUAUGAUUGAGAAGGUUUUUGAGGGGAACUUCAGUGACCACACCAUCAUCAUAUUUACCCGUGCAGACGAGCUGGAAGGAGAGACGAUUGAGCAAUUCAUGGGAAGACAGGACAAGAGAAUCCAGGAUCUUAUUGCACGAUUCGGUGGGCGUUACCUGGCUUUCAAUAACAAGAUCAGAGAGAAACAGGACCAGGUUAAACAGCUCCUGAGGAAGCUGGAUGAGUUGCUGGAACAGAACGAGUAUCAUCACUUCACCAACCAGGACACAGAGGUUAUAGUGAAGGCACAAGAGAUGUUGGAACAGAAAAAGCAAGAAAAACUAGAUGAAGAAAUUCAGAACGCAAAGGAAGAAGUAAGGCACAUUGCUGAACAUCGGCAUGCCAACAUCAUUAAAGACCUUGAGGAGAAGAAGCAAGAAAUACAAAUACGCAGGAAGCACAUCCAAGGCAAUAUCAACGAAUUAACAGCUGAGAUAAGAAAAGAAAAGGAAAAGCGGUGUGCAGAUCCAGCCAGACUGCAGCACCUGCGCAAUCGUCUGCAGAGAGAGAAGAACAGUCAAAUUCAUUUACAGGAAGAGCAGCAGAUGAAGAUAAAGAAAAGUGAAGAAGAGAAGCAGAAACUUGAAAUAUGGAUCAAGGAUGAAGAGCACAGGAUUGAACAAGAGAAGAGAAAGGCUUCAAUUGAGAUUGAAAGCAAUUUGAUUAACGAUGACAGUUAUCUUAAAACUCUGAUGUACAUUGUAAUUUUUUGUGGAGGGGCUCAACUGGGAAUUCCAUUUUCACGAGCACUUUUAACCAGUUUAGUGGCAACAAACGUGACAGCAAGUUUAAUUUCACUUCUUGGAUCAGAGCGUGCAAGGGCUGUGACAGCAGCCGUUGCAAAAGCAGCUCAUGAUGGAGCAAAUCGCGUGAGAAAUAACCUUUGUUCCAUUCAGUAACCCAAAAAAAAAACAAUAUGUCUCAGUCAUGUAUCUGUAGGUUCAUACAGCAUAAAAUUUAGUAUAGUCUGUUAGUGCUAAUUUGCCCUUUCCAAAAAAAAAAAUCCCUUGUUUCCGUCGCCCUCUUGUGGCUGAUUGCAGUUCAAUCCCUUCCUGAAUUGCAUUACAUGUGUUUAUGUUGUAAUCUUUGUAACAUGUUUAUUGAUUCUGGUACUGUAUUUUAAGAAUUUAGUAACUGUCUGCUGCAUUAGUGUCAUAGGGUGACAGUACUAUUAAAACUGAGGGAUAACAGUAAGGCUUUCUCGUAGUGCCUAAGAACAGAGAAGCGAGACCUUUUUUCUGCACUCAUUAUUUUCUAAACAGUGUUUAAUCUCAUUAAGAAAGCCAGAAUAGAAAUAGUGGAAUCUAUAACACAUUCACAACUAGAAAAAAUGUAAAGUUAAUACAUUUUAGCCUGCUUUUGGAAGAAAACCCACUUGUAACCCCAAGAUCAGUAGCGAACCAUAAAUCCUGGAGCUCGAGGCACCAACACUACUUGCUACAGCACUGUAUCUUUUACUUCUGUGUGUCAUCAACAUUUAUUUUCGGGUUAUUGUUCCAUGACUGACAGAGUGUUUUUGCUGACUGAUUUCUUUUGUUAAUGUUUGUAAUGAAUGAGUUGAACUAUUUUUAAAAAAAGAUGCAAGCCAAAGCCAAUUAAGUGAUUUAACAUGACCAUUAUGGAAAAUAUAUUAAUACAUCAAUAAAGCAGAUUUUUUUAAACUAAA